CAUGCAAAUUAAACUGUACUAGUGUUGAGUGCAUAUUGAUCAGGAAGCCAAAAUCUUGAUCUUACAGUUGUAUUUUUAUAGAGAAAAAUGGUAGCCAAAUUGCCAGAGGAAGAGCAUCCAAAACAGGCCUUCGGAUGGGCAGCAAGAGACCAAUCUGGGCUCCUCUCUCCCUUCAAAUUCUCCAGGAGGGCAACAGCAGAAAAGGAUGUGGCAUUCAAGGUGUUGUAUUGUGGGAUAUGCCACUCCGACCUUCACAUGGCCAAGAAUGAAUGGGGCCUUACUCAAUACCCUCUUGUUCCUGGGCAUGAGAUUGUGGGAAUAGUGACAGAGGUGGGGAGCAAAGUAGAAAAAUUCAAGGUUGGAGACAAAGUGGGUGUAGGGUGCAUGGUUGGAUCAUGCCACUCUUGCGAUAGUUGUCACGACAAUCUUGAGAAUUACUGUCCAAAAAUGAUACUUACCUAUGGUGCCAAGAAUUAUGAUGGCACCAUCACAUAUGGAGGCUACUCAGACCUUAUGGUUGCCGAAGAGCACUUCAUUGUUCGUAUUCCAGAUAAUCUAUCUCUUGAUGCUGGUGCUCCUCUGUUGUGUGCUGGCAUCACAGUAUAUAGCCCCCUGAGGUAUUUUGGACUUGACAAACCCGGUAUGCAUGUGGGUGUAGUCGGCCUUGGUGGUCUAGGUCACGUAGCAGUGAAAUUUGCAAAGGCUAUGGGGGUCAAGGUGACAGUGAUUAGCACAUCUCCUAACAAGAAGCAAGAAGCUGUAGAGAAUCUUGGUGCUGACUCUUUUUUGGUUAGUAGUGACCAGGAUCAGAUGCAGUCUGCAAUGGGCACAUUGGAUGGUAUCAUUGAUACAGUGUCCGCAGUUCACCCUAUGUUGCCUUUAUUUACUCUAUUGAAGUCUCAUGGAAAGCUAGUUUUGGUUGGUGCUCCAGAGAAGCCUCUUGAAUUACCUGUCAUUCCUCUGAUCGCCGGGAGGAAGAUGGUGGGAGGUAGUUGCGUCGGAGGAAUGAAGGAGACACAAGAGAUGAUUGAUUUUGCAGCCAAACACAAUAUAACUGCCGACGUCGAGGUUAUUCCGAUGGACUAUGUCAACACUGCCAUGGAGCGCAUCCUAAAAGGAGAUGUUAGAUAUCGAUUUGUCAUCGACGUUGCCAAAACACUAAAACCUUAGCCUGGCAUUUGAUCAAAAGCAUGUAGCCUGUUUCUUUAGAUGGACAUGUAUCUUCUUCACUUCAUGGUUGGUCUGGUCCACUUGAGUUGUUUUGCUGUUUUAUUAUUACUAUGUAUUCUUCAGCUGAAUUCUCAAGAAUAUCUGGGUUUUUUUGUCAGUGUACUAUGAAGACGAGUAGACACGUAAUCAUUUAAUUUUAAUGCAUGGCUAUGAUUUCAUCA